GGUGGUGUGAAGGUGUUGAUAACAGGUCCUUGGUCGGAGACUACAGGAUGUUACAGCUGUGUAUUUGACCAGAGCACCGUCCCUGCUUCACUUAUUCAGCCUGGGGUACUGCGGAGCUACUGCCCUGCCCAUGAAGCAGGGUUGGUAUCUCUUCAUAUAGUGGAGGACAGUGGAUCGGUCUCUUCGUCUGUUCUGUUUGAAUACAGAGCUAGAAACGCCUCGUCUCUACCCAGCUCACAGCUGGACUGGCUGUCCCUCGAUGAUAACCAGUUCCGUAUGUCCAUCCUGGAUAGACUGGAGCAGAUGGAGAGGAGGAUGGCUGAGAUGUCUGCUACCAACCAACACACACACACACACACACAGCCUCCGCCACAGCGCCAGCUGAGCAACACACUCCCCACACACACACCUCCGCCCGAGGACAGAAGCCAGUCUGGCCCAUGGUUUGAGAGGAGGAUAGUGGGAGUGUGUGAGAGGAUGAUGGAGGGAGGGAGGUGGAGAGGAGGAGGAGGAGGAGGAGGAGGAGGAAGAGGAGAGCGCCUCGUUCACUCCAUACGCCACAGAGGGAUGACACUGCUCCACCUGGCCGCUGCACAGGGAUACACACACCUCAUCCACACACUCAUCCACUGGAGGAGUGUCAACAGUGACAGUCUGGAUCUAGAACAGGAGGUCGACCCUCUCAACGUGGAUCACUUCUCAUGCACCCCUCUGAUGUGGGCGUGUGCUCUGGGUCACCAGGCAACAGCUGAGGUUCUGUAUGGUUGGAACAGCCAGGCGCUCGGUAUCCCCGACUCACUAGGCCGCCUCCCCCUCUCCGUUGCACGCUCCCGCGGACACACAAGCCUCGCCCACACCCUGGAGGACCUACACACACACCGCCCCGACACACACACACCCACACAGGGGGAACAGAGGACCACCCCCACUCCACAACUCCCCCCCUCACCGCUGUCCACCAGCCCUGACACAGGUCUGAGUUCUUCCAGUAGUAUUCCCUCCCCCUCUCUCUCCCUCCCCUCCCCCUCUCUCUCCCUCCCCUCCCCCUCUCUCAGCUCAGCCUACUCUAGUGGGUCUGUACCCCUAUACAACCCCCCUGACCCUAUGGAUACCUCCCCCUCCUCCCCCUCUCUCUCCCUGUCCCCUCCCUCCCCCUCUCUCUCCCUCCCUCUGCCCCUGCCGGUAUGGGGUGAGGCCUGUGGAGGUUGUGAAGCUGGGGACUCUAGUUUGAACGCCGGGCCCAGAGACUCUCUCUUCCUCAUGGACUACGAACCAGCCUCUCCCCCCUCCCCUCCCGGACCUCCACACGCACCCCCUCCCCCCUGUCGCUCACACACACACACCUUGGAGGAGCAGGUGAGCUUCAAUGAGAACGCGGAGAAUGAGGAGGACUUCCUGCCUGCUGAGGUGUUACAGGUUGACAUGGCGACGUUAGCGGAACAGAUCAUCGAGGCGACUCCUGAGCGAAUCAAACUUGAGGAAUUGUCCAGGGGGGAGGAGUCACCGCUCAGAGAGAGGCGGGACAACAUGGCGAUACCCGACACCAUGCCCUGGUUGGCCACCUACCUGGACACACCCACACACUCCUCUCAAUUCAGGUGUACUCCCCCCUCGCACCUCAGCUCCCUCCAGAGGCUAAGGCCACCCAGUAGUGUGGCGUGGGCGGAGUUCCUGAAUGCCUCGGCCAAUGGGAGGAUGGAGAGGGACUUUGCUCUGCUGACGCUGACUGACUCUGAGCAGAGAGAACUGUACGAGGCUGCACGCAUCAUUCAGAACGCCUUCAGACGAUACAAGGGUCGGAGGUUGAAGGAACAGCAGGAUAUGGCAGCAGCCGUCAUCCAGCGAUGCUACAGGAAAUACAAGCAGCUAACAUGGAUAGCACUGAAGUAUGCUCUGUAUAAAAGGAUGACUCAGGCAGCGAUACUGAUCCAGUCUAAGUUCCGUAGUUACUAUGAGCAGAAGAAGUUCCAACAGUCUAGACGGGCUGCGGUUCUGAUCCAACAGUACUACCGCAGCUAUAAGGAGUAUGAACGCCUCAAACAGGGACCCAGAGGGUCCGGAUCACACAACCCCAAACUCAAGGGUUCCUUCCUGACUAAGAAGCAGGACCAGGCUGCCAGGAAGAUCAUGAGGUUCCUACGACGAUGCCGACACCGGAUUAAGGAGUUGAAACAGACCAAGGAGUUAGAGAGGAGAGGGCUUACCACCUAACUAUCUCCUCCUUCAUCCUGCCACUCGCCACAGGAGAGAGGAGGAGAGAGAGACGCCUGUCCUCCCUCCCUCAUCACCCCAUCGAUCUGCAUGCCUCUGUCCUCCUUCUCUUCUUCCCUUUCUCAUGAUGAUGUCACGCUACUUCUGCAAGAAUGCAAAACAGCGACGGUAUGGAGAGACGACGGAGAGAGAGAUUCAGUUAAAAAGGGAGAGAGACUCCUGCCUUAUCCCCCUGUUCCGCUGCGGAGAGGAGAGAGAACUGGCUGAAGCUGUUUAUUCCUUUAUUUGAACAUAUUUUUUCUAUCUGUUUCUAGGCAAAACAAGACAACUGCAGCUUCUAACUGAAUGUAUGGAACGUAAAUAUAUAUAUUCUACAGAUAUGAAAUACUACAUGUCACUGCUUUAGUGUUAUUUAAGGGGGCAGGUAUUGUACGUGUAUGUGUGUAUAUAAAGCUAUAGCCACAGACAGUAGGACUGAACAGAACACUUUAACUAAAGUCUUAAAACAGAGAGAUAUCCUGAUCCUAACUAACCACCUUUACACACAACUAGGUAGGUUAGUAUAGAACCAGUAUAGAUCCAGACCACCUAGAGAGAAACCACCUAAUGUUAGUGUAGAUGGAACCAGAACCAGUAUAGAUCCAGACCACCUAGAGAGAAACCACCUCAUGUUAGUGUAGAUGGAACCAGAACCAGUAUAGAUCUAAACCACCUCAUGUUAGUGUAGAUGGAACCAGAACCAGUAUAGAUCCAGACCACCUAGAGAGAAACCACCUCAUGUUAGUGUAGAUGGAACCAGAACCAGUAUAGAUCUAAACCACCUCAUGUUAGUGUAGAUGGAACCAGAACCAGUAUAGAUCCAGACCACCUAGAGAGAAACCACCUCAUGUUAGUGUAGAUGGAACCAGAACCAGUAUAGAUCCAGACCACCUAGAGAGAAACCACCUCAUGUUAGUGUAGAUGGAACCAGAACCAGUAUAGAUCCAGACCACCUAGAGAGAAACCACCUCAUGUUAGUGUAGAUGGAACCAGAACCAGUAUAGAUCCAGACCACCUAGAGAGAAACCACCUAAUGUUAGUGUAGAUGGAACCAGAACCAGUAUAGAUCCAGACCACCUAGAGAGAAACCACCUCAUGUUAGUGUAGAUGGAACCAGAACCAGUAUAGAUCCAGACCACCUAGAGAGAAACCACCUAAUGUUAGUGUAGAUGGAACCAGAACCAGUAUAGAUCCAGACCACCUAGAGAGAAACCACCUCAUGUUAGUGUAGAUGGAACCAGAACCAGUAUAGAUCCAGACCACCUAGAGAGAAAC